CUCCCUGGCAGGGCCCAAAGAGAAACCGGAGUAGGUGCUGACGUCUAGCAGCCAUGGGGGAACACGGCCUGCUGGGGCUUUGCGUUCUCUAUGAGGGUCCGGAGGACAGAGCAGAGGGGGUGAGCACUAGUGUAUGAGCAGCGUUAGGGAGAGUGUCAGGAGAGGCCAGUGCCCAGGAAACAGGCAGUGUGCAGGAGGAGGCAGCGCCGGGGUGAAGGGGCGCGCGGGAGGUCGCAGGGGGCUCCCGGGUAAGGGAGCAGUGCCCAGGAGGGGGUCGAAGUGAGAGCUGGCACCCUAGAGGAAGGGGCAAUGUAAAGAAAGAGGUGGCGUCUGUAGAACAGGGUAGUGCCAGGAUGAAGAAGCCCGUAGGAGAGCUUGUCUAGAAGGAGAGGACCGUGGUAGCGGAAAGGGAAGAACAGAGCUUAAGGGGCAGGGCUCGAGGAGGGCAGUGGGUUUGGGGUUAAUGCCCUGCUGAAGGGGUGGUGUGAGAGAAGAGAGCAGGAAAGGGGACGGUGCAGGCUUUCCUCUUCCCCAUGGUGACAUCAUGGCAAAUUCCCAAACUGGAGGGACCCGGCUCAGGUGACAUCCAGCUGGGACGAGCCGGCCCGGGCCGGCCUGGGUGCCAGCAGGAAGGGCUGGGUUUUGCGCCCAGUCGGGCCAGCGCCCUGGGGGCGGGGUGCUGCUCCCCUCGCUCUCUGUGCGGACUUGCCCUCGGCGGGCACGCAGACCGGCACAGUAAGGCUCGGGCCGGGCUUCUCUGGGCCAAGGAUCAAGGUCCCUGGCUGGGGCAGGCCGCUUGAGCAUUCCAGUCUUCCAGACCCGGCUUCUGAAGAGGGCGCAGUAGAGCCUCGGGAGAGAGCCGGACGCGACGCCACCUCUGUCGGAGGUGGGACCCAUCGUGUCGCCGCCCGGGGCGGAGUUUUCUGGACCCGAAACCAGCCCUCAAUUCUGAAACCUCUGGGAAACAAUCGUUCGGGGCGGAAGUUAAGAAGCCCCGAGAGCUAGGCAGCGGAAGUGGCUGCGGUACAGUUCUUCUGUGCGCAUGCGUUAUUGUAUUCCUUUGCUGCUGCCGUUUCAGCGCUGCGUCGUCUUAGCGCGCCUCUUUUCCUCCACGCGAGGGGGUGCGCUACCCCUAGUCGUCGCGGUCAGCGCGCCCAGUCUCUCUGCUACUCUCGUGGCCCCCUCACCAUGGCGGGCAUCCUUUUUGAGGAUAUUUUUGAUGUAAAAGACAUUGACCCGGAAGGCAAAAAGUUUGACCGAGUGUCUCGGCUGCACUGUGAGAGUGAAUCUUUCAAGAUGGACCUCAUCCUUGAUGUAAACAUUCAGAUUUACCCUGUAGACUUGGGUGACAAGUUCCGGUUGGUCAUAGCCAGUACCUUAUAUGAAGAUGGUACUCUGGAUGAUGGUGAAUACAACCCCACAGAUGAUAGGCCUUCCAGGGCUGACCAAUUUGAGUAUGUCAUGUAUGGGAAAGUGUACAGGAUUGAGGGAGACGAAACUUCUACUGAAGCAGCAACACGCCUCUCUGCCUACGUGUCCUAUGGGGGCCUGCUCAUGAGGCUGCAGGGUGAUGCCAACAACCUGCAUGGAUUUGAAGUGGACUCCAGAGUGUAUCUGCUCAUGAAGAAACUGGCCUUCUGAACCACCCAGGAAGCUAGCCUUGCUGCUUAGUCACUCAGGUCCUGGAUGUUAGUUCAACCCGAAUAGCAGUUGCUGUUGUUCACCUGUUCAAAAGGGGCUGACUCUCUGUCCACCCUGAGUGCAUCUUUAGCAGAUCUGGACUCAGUGGGAAACUGACUUGCCGGUGAAAGACCCAGUGGGAGAGCUUAAGAUGUUUUAUGUACAUGAUUUUUUAAAUUAAACUUUACUUUUUCAGACUC